UCGCGAUGUUUUGUUCUUGAAUGAAUUCAAACAUGGCGUCAGAAGGAGAGGCGGGUAGCGGAGUAGCGGCUGAAGCCGACACAGCAAAGAGUGACGCGUUCAGCGAGCUUCCGGUCAGCAUGGACACAGAGUCAUCCGGCGGCAAGGAAGGGAUGGAGGCGGCGGGCGAUGCCUCUGAGGCGGCCGACACCCUGACUGGGUCAGGGGAUGAAGACAACGGGAGACAGUUGGGGGAGGUGGAGCUGCAGUGCGCCUUGUGUACAAAGUGGUUCACUGCUGACACGUUUGCCAUCAACACUGCGACGUGUCUCCCAUUCAUGACCAACUACGUGUUCCACUGCAACGUUUGUCAUCACAGCGGCAACACGUAUUUCCUCAGGAAACAAGCCAACCUGAAGGAAAUGUGUCUCACAGCUCUGGCUAACCUGACCUGGCGGUCCAGAACCCAAGACGAGCACCCCAAGACCAUGUUCUCGAAAGACAAGGAUAUCAUUCCCUUCAUCGACAAGUAUUGGGAGUGCAUGACCACGCGGCAGAGGCCCGGGAAGCUCACCUGGCCCAACAACAUUGUGAAGACAAUGAGCAAAGAGCGAGAUGUUUUCCUAGUCAAGGAACAUCCCGACCCCGGCAGUAAAGACCCAGAAGAGGAGUACCCCAAGUUCGGCCUGCUGGACCAGGACCUGGGUAACAUCGGACCGUCGUAUGACUCGCAGAAGCAGUCCGCUGUGCCGCCUGCUGCAGGAGGCCUCAACGGUGGAAACGCUUACGCAGGUGCCCUAGCUCCCGUGCCUGGAAAGGGAAGAGGGGCCAAACGUAAACAGCAGCAGCAGCAAGAGGGCGCCACUGCCGGAGCCACAAAGAGGACUCGAAGCGACCCGCUCUUCUCAGCCCAGCGACUCCCCCCACAUGGUUACCCGCUCGAGCACCCGUUCAACAAAGAUGGCUAUCGCUACAUCCUGGCCGAGCCGGACCCACACGCCCCCGACCCAGAGAAACUGGAGCUGGACUGCUGGGCCGGGAAGCCCAUUCCGGGGGACCUGUACCGGGCGUGUCUGUACGAGAGGGUGCUGCUGGCCUUACACGACCGAGCGCCUCAGUUGAAGAUCUCAGACGACCGGCUGACAGUGACGGGCGAGAAGGGCUACUCCAUGGUGCGAGCCUCCCACGGCAUCCGGAAAGGUGCCUGGUACUUUGAGGUGUCCGUGGACGACAUGCCUCCUGAGACGGCGGCCCGCCUCGGCUGGUCUCAGCCACUCGGUAACCUGCAGGCGCCGCUGGGCUACGAUAAGUUCAGCUACUCGUGGCGUAGCAAGAAGGGCACGCGCUUCCACCAGUCCAUGGGGAAGCAUUACUCCUCGGGAUACGGUCAAGGAGACACGCUGGGCUUCUUCAUCGAGCUGCCAGACAACACGGAGACAGCCAAGGCACUUCCCGACACCUACAAGGACAAGGCGCUCAUCAAGUUCAAGAGCUACCUGUAUUUUGAGGAGAAGGACUACGUGGACAAAGCAGAGAAGAGCCUGAAGGCCAUGAGCCCCAGCAGGAUGAUCUUCUACAAGAACGGUGUGAGCCAAGGCGUGGCCUUCGAGAACCUGUUUGAAGGCCUCUACUUCCCUGCCAUCUCCCUCUACAAGAGCUGCACGGUGUCCGUCAACUUCGGCCCACAUUUCAAGCAUCCCCCCAAAGACGUCGGUUACAAGCCGAUGAGCGACAUGGGCUGGGGCGCCAUCAUCGAGCACACACUGGCCGACACGCUCUACCACGUGGAGACAGACGUGGACGGCCGACGCAGCCCGCCGUGGGAGGGAUGAGGACCCCCCACCCCCCCCACACACACACAUUUUACACCUCUUCUAACUGCUAACUGCGUCAUUUUUAUUUGAAACCAAUUGAAAUAAAAGUGAACCAGUAUGACAUCAGCAAACAUUCCUCAGCUAUUUGCGUUGGCGCGGGGGUGUCCAAACGUGUCCCCGCUGGGGCCAUACGGUCAGGGGACGUGGAUAUUUUGGGUACUAUUACUGUUUGCUGCGUUUAUUGUUUUCAUCACCAUGUGACUUUAUUCCCAUUAUAUUUCCCAGCUGCAACUCCCCCCCCCCCCCCCCCCCAACCAGCAUUUUUCUCAAAUUGCAGCCUUAGUCCUUGUUGUGUUACUAGUAAUGCAGAAAUUGGGAAAAUAUUUUUUCUAUUUUUUAAUAUUUUAAUAUUUCCAUUUUUUUCUGGUAAGAUGACUACUCUUUUUGUUAAUUUUCAUGUAUGAUUCUAUUUUAAACUGACUUUGGACACCCCUGCCAUGACAAGCUAAUCACGGCUCCUUCGUCUACUCAACGUUUUUAAUGGACGCAAAU